AUGCCGAACGAUGGCCAUCAUGAUCACGCAACUCACCUUGAGAACAAUGGCCAUAGUUUCUAUGGCGGUGGAUCUUCUUAUCAUGAAGGUGGUGCUUUUACUGGAGAGAUCAGUGCUGAGAUACUUGUCAAUUUGAGUAUUCCUUGGGUCAUCCUUGGUCAUUCUGAAAGAAGAUCUCUUUUGAGCGAGUCAAGUGAGUUUGUUGGAGACAAAGUUGCAUAUGCACUCUCUCAAGGCAUAAAAGUGAUUGCUUGUGUUGGAGAGACUCUUGAACAGCGAAAAUCAGGAUCUACAGUGGCUGUUGUUGCUGCACAAACAAAAGCAAUUGCAGAUAAGGUAUCAAAUUGGGAUAAUAUUGUUUUGGCUUAUGAGCCAGUUUGGGCCAUUGGAACUGGGAAGGUUGCAACCCCUGCUCAGGCUCAGGAAGUUCAUUGUGAGCUGAGGAAAUGGCUUCAUAACAAUGCUGGUGCUGGAGUUGCUGCAUCAACCACAAUUAUCUAUGGAGGUUCUGUAAAUGGAGCAAAUUGCAAAGAAUUGGCAACACAGCCAGAUGUGGAUGGAUUUUUGGUUGGUGGAGCUUCCCUUAAGCUGGAGUUCAUCGACAUUAUCAAGUCAGCCACAGUGAACAAGAAUUGAUUGAAAAUCAUUACCAUGUGUUGAUCUGGCAGCCUUUCUUGUUCCUUCUUGAAUGCUUAAUGGAAAAUUUGUGUUAUAAUUUUGUAAUUCAUGUCUGUCCUUGGAGAU